ACAUAUGAAAUUGCUCGCAUUCGGGAUUAAUAAUGACUAGAUAUUAAGUUAUUAUUAGUCUCGAAUGCGACCAAUUUCACAUGUUAAGGCAUUAUUGGCGCCUACUGUACAAGUUGGUUUCUAUGGCAACAUUCGCCACAAAUAAGAAAACAUAAGAAUGCACUGCGAAAUCUGCAUAUUGUGACUGAGUUUUGCUUGUGAAAAUGUCCUACCGUGAUUUACGUAAUUUCACAGAGAUGAUGAGAGUGUUGGGCUAUCCGAGACUGAUUUCCAUCGCCAAUUUUCGCGUACCAAAUUUUCCUUUGGUUGCGGAGAUCCUGGUUUGGCUGGUGAAACAAUUCGAUCCGGAUAUUGAUAUACCUAACGAACAUGAUACCGAGGAACAACGUGUGGCAUUGAUACGUAACGUUGCUGAGUUUAUGGCAUUAAAGACAAAUAUCAAAUUAAAUACAAAGAAGCUGUAUCAAGCCGAUGGUUACGGGGUAAAGGAAAUAUUGAAAAUUACAACAAUGUUAUACGAUGCGCAAAACAGUAGUAGCAUCAAGGAAAAUCGAUCUGGCAAUAACCAGAGUACAGUGAAUUUUGACAUAUCCGAUAAAAUCAGUGAACUGAAAACGACACGGCAACUCGCCAGUCAAUUGACUAUCAACGGAGCGACUCUCUUCGAUUUACUUGGUCGAGAAAUGGAGCUUCGAGAGAUUCGCAAUACCAAGAUUGCCAGGCAAUUUGAUACCUCGGAAAUAGAAGCGGCUUUGAAAGAUGUUAUCGAGAAUACGUCUAAAGAAAUUGAAGAAACCAAGAAGCAAAUUGAUAAUGUUAAGGAUACAGAACAAAACUUGGAUGCGAGAAUCGAGAGACGAAAAACGGAACUCGAUAGGAAUCAAAAGAGACUCCAUACAUUGAAGAAAGUCCGUCCAGCGUUCAUGGAAGAAUUCGAGAAGCUUGAAAUUGAAUUGAGAUCUUUAUACAAUGAUUAUUUGGAGAAGUUUAGAUAUCUGGCAUAUUUGGAGCAUUUGUAUGAAGAUGCAGCCAAAGCAGAGCAAGAAAGAUUCGAAAGACGACAAGCUGCGACCAAGAAGCAAUUGGAACAAAUGAGAGCCGAAGAUUCGAACUUUGAAAGCAUGAUGGAAGGGAACGAUUCUUUAUUCGCUACAAAUCUUCAAGAACCAUUAGUCACCUCUCUAACAAAUCCAGAGACUACAACAACCGAAAAAUCUGCUCAAUCAGCCCAUGUCAAACCAAGCACUGGAAAAGCAUCGAAAAUGCAAUAUACACAGCGACGCAUUUACGGUAGCAUGUCUGGACGGCAAAGGGGAACGAUCCAAGAAUCGAACGACAGUGAUGGCUCGUUGGAUAGCGAUAGCGACUUAUUAAUCGACGGUGAUCUUGAUGAUGACGAUGAUGAUGAUGACGAUCUUUUGAAUUCUGUAGGCGCACCAGAUAUUGGCGGAUAUGACCUUAAAACUGCCCAAGAAAAGCGAUCUGUCAGCAAGAUAGACAGACAUUCGGACGACGAUUUUUAAUCUGUAUAAUGCAGUCUUUCUGCUAAUCGCCCGGUAUGUUUUUUAUAAUACUAAAUAAAAAAAUUGUAUA